AUGCCUAUUCCGGCCACAGCAGUGUACAAGCGGCAGGAAAAAUUGCGCCUUUAUCGAUCCCUAAUUAAGGGUGCUCAUCGAUUCCCCCUCCGCUCUCGUCGUGAGCUGGUUCUGGAGGAGGUACGCUGCACCUUUCGCGAUCCCCAUCAUCUCCAUUUAACCCAACGGGAGGUGGAUUAUCGUCUGUUGCUGGGGUGGGAGCGCGUCGCCGCGAUCUCGACCUACGCACAGAACAUGCACUGGUUCCACUCCCGUGAUGAGGUGACGCGGGAGAUGCUUCUCUUCUCGGAGGCGCGGGAUCGGGAGCGGGCAGAAGAGACCUCGCGUUGCAACUCCGUCGGGAAGGCAAACGUCAAGACCCCCGAGGUGACCGAUUUCAAGUCCACCUACUACCACGUUCACCCGGAUUACCAUCAUAAGAUCGGCGCGACGCCACUCACGCACUCGCGGGAUAUCUGGCGAACACGGGGGCAGUACGGCUCGGAUGUGGGAGGGCCCCGGCAGAAGUUUUUUGUGCGGCGCUUUAAGGCGAUGUUUCCGCAGGGUUGGUGA